UAUAAGUGAGUAGUCUCUGGAAGGACUUUCCCCUGGAGAAUCCCACAGUUUAGAAAUCCAUGCUGUCUUCUGUGAUCUCAGCUCACACUCAGAGAUGCUUUCUGUUCCUAUUAUAUUCAGCAGACCCAUCAACUUCUAAGUCAUUAUAGAGAGGAUCCUAAAGUUCAUCAUGACUCACACCAACCUUACCAUCUUCCACCCUGCAGUUUUUGUCCUACUCGGCAUCCCUGGGCUGGAGGCGUAUCACAACUGGCUGUCCAUACCCCUCUGCCUCAUGUAUAUCACAGCAGUCCUGGGGAACAGCGUCCUGAUAAUGGUCAUCAUCAAGAGCGUUAACCUUCAUGAGCCCAUGUACUUUUUCCUUUCCAUGCUGGCCAUGACGGACAUCCUGCUGUCCACCACUACUGUACCCAAGGCCCUAGCCAUCUUUUGGUUUCAUUCCCAUGACAUUGCCUUUGAUGCCUGUGUCACCCAAGUUUUCUUUGUCCAUGUGAUGUUUGUGGGGGAGUCAGCCAUCCUAUUAGCUAUGGCCUUCGACCGCUUUGUGGCCAUCUGUGCGCCUCUGCAUUAUUCAACAGUGCUAACAUGGCCUGUUGUGGGAAGAAUUGCUCUGGCCAUUGUCACCCGAAGCUUCUGCAUCAUCUUCCCCGUGAUUUUCUUGCUGAAGCGGCUGCCCUUCUGCCGGACCAACAUCAUCCCCCAUUCCUACUGUGAGCAUAUUGGGGUGGCCCGCUUAGCCUGUGCUGACAUCACUGUAAAUAUCUGGUAUGGCUUCUCAGUGCCCAUUGUCAUGGUCAUCUCGGAUGUAAUCCUCAUCACUGUGUCUUACUCACUGAUCCUCCGAGCAGUGUUUCGUUUACCUUCCCAGGAUGCCCGGCACAAGGCUCUCAGCACUUGUGGCUCCCAUCUCUGUGUCAUCCUCAUGUUUUAUGUUCCAUCCUUCUUUACCUUAUUGACCCACCGCUUUGGACAUAACAUUCCUCGACAUGUCCAUAUCCUGCUGGCCAAUCUUUAUAUAGUGGUGCCACCAAUGCUCAACCCCAUUGUCUAUGGUGUGAAGACUAAGCAGAUCCGCGAGGGUGUAGCCAACCGGUUCUUUGACAUGAAGGCUUGGUGCUGUGCUUCCCCUCUGGGCUGAUGGCUCCUCAUAAAUCCCCACUCCCAACUUUGCCAAGGAAACUAGGUAUAAAAUAUAGAGAUUUCCUGAGAAGGCUUUUCCUUCUCUUCCUCAGUCUCUUCCUUCUUCAUCAUCCUAUCCUCUUCUAUCUCUUUUUCUUUUCUUUUCUGCCUCUUCCUCUUUGCCUCCUUCCCCUGUUUCUUUGUUUCCUUUAUCCUCUUCUUUUCUCAUAUUCCUCCCACACAACCCACAAAUAACAACUAAGUGUUCAUGCUUCUAAUUAUGAACAUUUGGUAUCCUCAGUAGAUCAGAUGUACUCCAGAAAUACAGGGAGCUGAACAGCACAUAAAGUAAGUUAUGCAUGAAUGGAUAAAAAUAAUUUUAUAUUUAAUAUCUGAAAGGGUUCCAGUUUUUAUCCCCAAAUGUGCAUUUAUUAU